CUUUUUACCACGAUCUUGAACCUUUACUGGAUGGGUUGUGUAUAUGCUGAUGAUGUUAUACGUAAUAAACCCGGUUUGGGAAUGCAUUUUAUUAUAUGGCCAAUGUCAACAGCUAAAUAACUCGGGUAAAAAAUGCUGGAAUGGAAUGGAAAAGGGUUGAGCUGAUGAUAAAAUAGUCAGAUGGUCUUAAUGCAUUCAUACAAAUUACUGCAUAAUCCGGCAUAUGUGGGCAAAGACGCAGAUAAUGUAAAUAGAGUGAAAUUACAUCUAAACGAUUACGAUUAUAUUAUAAUAAUUAAAGACAGUUAAGUAGUAAUUUCCUUUUUCAUGUGUACCAGACAAUAUUGGCUUGGUGUAUACAAAUAAACAUAUAUACAUACCAAAGUAUUUACAUGUGUAUAUACGGUCAGUGAAUACCAGUAGCAUUAUUACUACGGAAUGCAAUAAAUAAUACCCAAACCAUGCUUGAUUAAAUUAAAAUACGCUCAUCAAUACGCAGUAAAUAAUGAAUUUUUUAAAUCCAUUAACUUUCCCUGAGAUUCUGGGUACCAUAUUCCAGUUUCUAGACAUUCAAGAGCUACUAAAAUGUCGCAAAGUCUGCAAGUUGUGGAAUCUCGAAACAUCACAGUUUAUCGGGGAGCGAAAACUAAUCUGCAUCAACGAUGCGACGAAAUUAGGGCAACUUUAUGAUCUCAUAAAUCGUAAUGCGACGCAACCAUUUCGGGCAUUUGAACUUUGGUCCUUUCCAAUUGACCUCGACAAUGAACAAGUAAUGAAAUAUGUCUCAACCUGUGGGCCUUACUUUCAUCACUUGACACUCAAUUUUGAAAAAGAGUCAAAAAAUCUGCUCAACAUUCGGACCCUUCGAGAUCUCUUGCUGUAUGAUCUUCCCAAUCUCAAAUCACUCUCCAUACGACAGUUACCAUCAAUAAUUCUCGCUCAAAAGUGGAUAUUUCCACCCGAAGGAGAACUGAAAUUCAUUCAACCCCUGUUAUGGAACUUGCAAACAUUGACGCUCUACUCGGACGAAGAGUUCAAUUUCAACUUUAUAUCCAACUUAUUUCGAGCAAUGGUUCAUCUAAAACGAAUCUUUGUCGAAUAUGGUGACGAACCAAAAGAUUUUAAGAAAACCAUCCUCGCUGCAAUAUUUUCAUGUUCUGCUCACCUCCGAGAGUUGGAAUCGUUGCAGUACUUUUUACAUAAUCCUGGAUCUGGAUCGCAAAAUUGGGCCUGGACCCCUGAGGAGUGUUUAAAGCUUGUGGGUUGUGGGUUUUUAUUGAAAUCUAUAAAGUUACACCCCACUGGUAAACUGGAAACCAGGACCAUGUUUAAUUUGCUGGAAAAGUUGCAAACUCUGACCACCCUGAAACUCCGAGUGCAUGACCAACUGAGAUGCCCAAUCAUGGCGUCCUUGACUUCAGUGAUACUGUAUGACUAUGAAGGCUCAUUAGUGUUUAUGGACAACCUUCCCAACUUGAGGCAUUUGGGGCUUUGUGAAUACUCGCCUGCAAAAUUUCUCACACCGGAAAACAUAGUUUCCAACAAUCAGCACCUUGGAUUGCUUUCUCUCAACUUUUACGGCUCAUACGCAGUGUCUAACCACUUGUUUCGUGCAAUUGCGAAAACCUUCCCUCAACUUCGAAUACUUAACUUUUGGUAUAUUAACAAUGAGAAGCUCAGAACUGUGAUUGAAAACUUUCCAUUCCUCGAAGAACUGACAAUCAAUGUCGUUUGUGUUGAUGAUGACGCUCUCACGGGUUUCCCCCUUGAACUCUGUGAGCAAAUGGAACGCAUGGGAAAUUACCAUCAGAUCAUGCAGCAAGCUCAUACUUUUCCUCGCACGCAACCGUUCAUCGGAGAUUUAGCAAAUUUAAGACGUUUGGAGAUGCAUGCUGCGUGUUUGGCUGAUUGGAAGUGGAGCAACUUUAGUGACGUUUCAGUGUAUUUUGGUCUCAUGCAACUAACAAACUUGACAAGUUUGUCACUUUACGAAUUUAAAUGGAUUACAGAAACUGCGAUAUUCCAACUAUGUAAAACGCUUCCAUUAAUUUACUUGAAACUGGAUUCCCGAAUGUUCCCAGAAACAUUGAUAUCUGGAAUUAAAGAAAUUCGUCCAGAUAUUAGACUGGAAACUGUAACUGAUGAAUUUGAAUCAUACAAUACAUUUUAUGUUUGCAUGCGCUAACUAAUUUGUUGAAUAAAAACCUACUACAGUGCAGA